AUGAUAUUUUUUGAUACAACUGUUCCUCGUAGUGCUGCUGUUAAGGCCGCUAUUGGUAAUCCACAAGAUGAGCAAAUAGCACAAACAUAUCUUACUAGAGCCGGUUUAAGAAUUUCAGCAAAUGGUGAAGGUGGUGAUAAAUGGAUAACAUUAUGUACGGUCAAAGCUCGUGUUGCUAGUACUGGUUUCAAAACAAAAUAUGACGUAAAACGUUGUACCGCUACGGUAGGCGGUGAAAUAUUGGAAACACGUGUUGUUGAAACGGAAAACAAUUUUAGAUGUGGAUGGCGUACUGAAACGUAUGCAUCAAAGCUCUUAUUGAAUUAUAAACAGACAAUAAUGAAUCAAUAUAAAUCAGCAAUUAAUGGUGCUAUAAAAGCUAAAGAGCCAGAAAAGAUUAUUAAUUUAUUACAAGAAAAACAAAAUUUACAUAUAUUUAAUUUCGAAGUAGCAACUAAUAAAGAUACAGCCAUGUCAGAAGCAACAGCUACAGAUCUGUCAUUGUGGAGAGGUGGUGGUAGUUGUGCUGUCAAAUUAGAAGGUCGAGUACUACGUUUGGCUUAUUAG